UGAUGGGAAAGUCGCCGGCUGAGCCUCACACUUUCUCCCGAUUUCUUAACUUUCGGGGCCGCGGAGCAGGAGUAAAGCCGCUGUGCCGGGACGGAGAGCGGGGUGCGGGCUUGUGGCGGCUGCGUGCCCGUGGAUUUCCCGCUCCGCCGGGCGGCCGGCCUCUCGCGCCAAGUGGGGAGCGGGCGGCGGGCGGGCAGGUGGCCCCGGGCCGCCGCGUCCGCGCCUUGGCUCUGCCCCCAGGAGCCGAGCGAGCCGCUGCUCCCUCGUGGUGUGAGGGCGGUGAUGUUUUUCCUCCCACCCACUUUUGAGUGCCCCCUCCCCCCUCGCGCGCACUCUAGCUCUCGCCACAACCUGCGAGCCCCAGACCUCAGAGGAGCGCCCCGGGGAGCUCGGAGCGCGUGCACGCGUGGAAGACGGAGCAGGCCAGUGGCCAGCAGCUUGAAUACCCCGGGCCCUGAAAGUUUUGAGUGGCCUUUUGCAGUGGCCAGGAUGAGAAAGAAGUGGAAAAUGGGAGGUGUGAAAUACAUCUUCUCCUUGUUGCUGUUCUUUCUUUUCCUAGAAGGAAGCAAAACGGAGCAAGUAAAACAUUCAGAGACCUACUGUGUGUUCCAAGACAAGAAGUACAGAGUGGGCGAGAGAUGGCACCCUUACCUGGAACCCUAUGGGUUGGUUUACUGUGUCAACUGCAUCUGCUCAGAGAAUGGAAAUGUGCUCUGCAGCCGAGUCAGAUGUCCAAGCCUCCACUGCCUGUCCCCCGUGCAUAUUCCUCAUCUGUGCUGCCCGCGCUGCCCAGAAGACUCCCUACCCCCGACGAACAAUAAGGUGACCAGCAAGUCGUGUGAGUACAACGGGACCACUUACCAACACGGUGAGCUGUUCGUGGCUGAAGGGCUCUUUCAGAACCGGCAACCCAAUCAGUGUAGCCAGUGCAGCUGUUCGGAGGGGAAUGUGUACUGCGGUCUCAAGACUUGCCCCAAGUUAACCUGUGCAUUCCCAGUCUCCGUUCCAGAUUCCUGUUGCCGGGUGUGCAGAGGGGAUGGAGAAUUGUCGUGGGAACAUUCUGAUGGUGAUAUCUUCCGGCAACCUGCCAACAGAGAAGCAUCUCAUCCUUCUUCUGAAACUGCUGGCGAUGGGGCUGAACUUAAUCCUGUACUUCCUUUAGCAAAAGAGAGACAUUCCUACCACCGCUCUCACUACGACCCUCCACCAAGCCGGCAGGCUGGAGGUCUGCCCCGCUUUCCUGGGGCUAGAAGCCACCGAGGAGCUCUUAUGGAUUCCCAGCAAGCAUCGGGCACCAUCGUGCAGAUUGUCAUCAACAACAAACACAAGCAUGGACAAGUGUGUGUUUCCAAUGGAAAGACCUACUCCCAUGGCGAGUCCUGGCACCCGAACCUCCGGGCAUUUGGCAUUGUGGAGUGUGUGCUGUGUACUUGUAAUGUCACCAAGCAAGAGUGUAAGAAAAUCCACUGCCCCAGUCGAUACCCCUGCAAGUAUCCUCAAAAAAUAGAUGGAAAGUGCUGCAAGGUGUGUCCAGGUAAAAAGGCAAAAGAAGAGCUUCCAGGCCAAAACUUUGACAACAAGGGCUACUUUUGUGGAGAAGAAACGAUGCCCGUGUAUGAGUCUGUGUUCAUGGAGGAUGGGGAGACCACCAGAAAAAUAGCCCUGGAGACAGAGAGACCACCUCAGGUAGAGGUCCACGUUUGGACCAUUCGAAAGGGCAUCCUCCAGCACUUCCAUAUUGAGAAGAUCUCCAAAAGGAUGUUUGAGGAACUCCAUCACUUCAAGCUGGUGACCAGGACGACUCUGAGCCAGUGGAAGAUAUUCACCGAAGGAGAAGCUCAGAUCAGCCAGAUGUGUUCGAGUCGUGUGUGCAGAACAGAGCUUGAAGAUUUGGUCAAGGUUUUGUACCUGGAGAGGUCUGAAAAAGGCCACUGUUAGACAAGACAGUAUUGGAGAGGGUAAAGCAAGAAAACUCAAACUGCAGCUGGACUGCGGGCUGAUUUUGCUUAAGUCAACAGUGCCCUAAAACCCCAAACUCAAAUGCAGUUCAUUAUUCACGCCAUGCACAGCAUAACUUGCUCCUUUAUGUGGAGUGGUGUGUCAGUCCUUAAACAUCUCCUGCGAAGAGACUAGAAGAGUCUUGAGUUAUUUGUGGGAGGAAGAGGGAUAGAACACCACAGCACUGCUUUAGUUUCUGGGAGAAUCACAUUUCUUUACAGGUUAAAGAGUAAACAAAACCCUAGGGCUUCUAUCUAGAAAGUUAUUGCCACGAAAGAAAAGAGACAAGAAUUUGCUAAGUAGGAGUUGUGUAGUACAGAAAAGAUAUGUGUAUGAAAUUAUACUCUUCGAAUUUUAGGAUGUCUUGUGUUUUUAAGAGAAAAUUAACUCCCCAUCCUCGUCCACACAGAGACGCAUGCAUGAGUGUGUGGGUGCGCACGUGUGUGCACGUGCGUGGGCACACACACGCACACGCGCGCAGACUUAACUGCCACCUUUCUUCUGAGGCAAAGCCAGCAUAGACUCUCCCCUCCUUUCCAUCGCCUGGCUCCCAAGUAGCUUUGAACUUGUGGGUACCCAGGAGGAUAAAGAAGAGCUUGUGAGCAGAAAGCUCUGCCCUCAGGUCAGUGGUGUGGUUGCUGAAGUCACCAACUAUGGUGGCGGGUGAAGAAUAAGAACACCGUUUCACAGCCACAUUCACGCUGAAGCUGUAAAUAACUUCUCCCUAGCGAUACCACUUCUCUUUUCUCCCUGAGCCCGUGGGGCCCCCGUAAAGAAGUUAGAACUGGGUAAAAUCUACAGAAACUGAAUCCACAGAGGACAAAAUAAUUGUUGAAGAAAAUGGUGGAUGGAAGUCAACAAGGCAACCUUGUGUGUUUUCAAGGCAAUGGGAGUCACCGACGAACAGCUCAAUACUCACUAAUUUUCUUGAUGCCAGAGUUCCGUAGUCCAAAAAUUUAGGUUAAAUGAUUACAUUCCAGAAGUUCCUUAAAAAGGCAGUUUUCCUUCUUCUCCAAUUACAGGAGUUCAUUUUGACUUUGCGAAGGGACUCAGUCCCCGCAAGCUUCUGAAGGUUGGCCCUUCAGUUAGGAGAAUUAUUGCUCAUUUGAGGAAGUAGACAUUCUGAUAAGGAUCUUUGUUCUAAACCUUCCUACCAUUCUCAUUUCAUCCACCAAGUGGGGAUUUGAGUCAUGAAUCCUAGAGAAGGCUGCUCAGAAAAAUGUCUCUUCACAGCUCCAUACCAGAAUGGAACUUAUCCAUUCUGAGACCUGGCUUUAGACAUCAUCUUUGUGGCAACACUAUACAUUCUCCACAAGGAUCUCAAGCCUGCCUUCUAGACUCAUCCCUUCUGAGGGGCAUGAAUGAACUCUAAUGACUACUCAGAAGUAUCAAGGACACAAACGUCCCGUAUUUCCCCCUCCGUGACCAUGGGAGAGAGGAACGUUGUUUUCCCUACAGUAGAUGACACCAGUAGGGAAAAAUGUAAAAAUCUUUAUGGCAGCCUGGCACAACGGAGUCUGUUCUCCUCAAAGAGAUACAGGGGCACCUCGUGGCCAGGCCCUCAUGGGACAAGCCGCCUACCAAUCCUUCACACAUACUCUCCACGGGAAAGGGAGGGAGACAUCCAGGGCCGAGAGGCCAGAGAGCAGUACUGGGGACGAGCCUGCUAAGGAACUCUUGCCUCCCUCCCAGAGGCGGCAGUAUUUCCAUAGUGUGGAAACAAGUGACUGGAUCCCGAAGCCAAGCGGUGGUUUCCCCUUCUGGAUGACUCACGCCAAAGCCUUCCCACCCAGGUGUUCUCUGAAAGCUCAACCGUAAGGGAACACCCAGAGAGCUUCCCUAGAUAGACUUCUGCCCCCAGGUGCUGGGACACACCUUUCCGAAGUGCUGUGUGAAGCAGGAGCUGGGGAGCUGUGCCAGGCCAACAUAGAAAGCUUCCAGCGUUCGGUGUGGCGUAGGCAGUAGGGCAUAGGGAGAAGAGGCCGAGCCCCCUGUAGUUAGGAGAGGAAUGGAUGUGGUUCUUCUUGUGUAUUUAUUUGUAUCAUAAACACUUGGAACAACAGAGACCAUAAGCACCAGUUAGCGGUUGUAGCCGUUUUAUAGUUAGCUCCUGUAAACAAGAGGAAACGUAACGUAACAGUAUUAGCCUUUUUGUUCUUCUCACAGGACAUGUACCUAAAUAGGGUACUUAUUUAUGUAGUCGCUGUAUUUCUGGAUUUUUAAAUUAAUAAAAGAAGUUAAUUCUGAAAAAUCA